AUGUUUUUGCGUACAUUCAGUAUGAAAAUGAAGAUGUCAUUGAUUCGGCGAGGAUUCAGCACAAGCACUUCUGUCUCUGACAAUAUUGUUGCUUCCGUCCUCUUUGAAAGACUACCUGUUGUCAUUCCCAAAAUUGAUCCAACUGUUUAUGCUUUUCAAGAAUUCUCGUUUCGAUGGCGACAGCAAUAUCGACGCAGAUAUCCUGAUGAAUUUCUAGACAAAUCUGAUGCAAGGGGGAAAGGUGAUUAUCAGAUUGACUAUGUGCCAGCACCACGAAUCACUGAAGCUGACAAAAACAAUGAUCGAAGGUCAUUGCAAAGAGCUCUUGACCGAAGACUCUACCUUCUUCUCUAUGGUAAUGUAUACGGGGCUCCAAGCGGAAAGUCUGUGUGGCAUUUUCCAGAGAAAGUUUAUGAAUCAGAGGACACCAUACGCAAUUGUGCAGAGUCUGCAUUGAAAUCAGUCAUAGGAGAUCUUUCUAAUACAAACUUUGUUGGAAAUGCUCCAAUGGCCCAUAUGGUUGUUCAGCCUACAGAAGACUUGUCCAAAUUCACAUCUUUUAAGAAAUUCUUCUUCAAGUCACAGGUAAUUGCUAAAAACAAGUUCGAUAUCGGAAAAUGUGGUUUUGUUUGGGUGGCGAAAGAAGAAUUGAUGGAGUAUUUUCCCGAGCAAGCUGAGUUUUUUAACAAGAUGAUCAUUAGCUGAUGACAUUGGAGUACUGUUGUUUAAUUGAAAUGAUUGCAAAUUAGUUCAUAGAAUAGCAGCGGAGGUCCUUGAAAGAAGAUCAAGUUUAAUAAAGUUUCUGGGCACAACAGAAGUCUUCCAUUUAAAGUUAAACGCAACAUCUCAAAUUUUGGAGGCUGGGUUAAUGGAUGCUGGAAAGCUAAUGUUUAAGAACCUUUUUUACUUGUCAUCUCAUCUGCAUUUUCUCCAAGUUGUACUGUAAUAAAUAAAUUACCAUGGUGACUGUGAUGUUGAGAAUACGUUGUCCAUUUUUGUUUAUAAAGUCCUGUUUGGAUAUCUAUCUUAUCAA